AUGCGAUGCGUGUCCUUAAGGGAACGCAUUACUUAUGACACGAAUGAGGGGUCGCACGAUCGUGCCGCGGGCGCCGCUGACACCCCGUGCGAGCUCGAGAAUGGAGGGAAGAGGGAAUGGGCCAAUAUUAUGGAAGAAAAGAACAAAACAAAUGAACAAUAUGGAACAAAUACAUACAACACCCGAAGGUGCUGGGUCCCAAGUCCCUGGGAUCCACCUGAGGGCCACACUAUCCCUCCAAAGCACCCUCCUCCCCCUUCUGCAAGCUUCCUAGAUGCGCUCUCGCAUUGGCGGGCGCUUAGCGUCGUCGCCGUCGAACACGAUUCCGAUCGCGCUUCGAAAUGGCCGCCGAGGGAGGAGGCGUCGAGUGAGGGCAAAGAGGAGGCAAGCGAAGGCGGAGAGGACGAGCGAGGGCAAAGAGAACGUCGGCGCGAUAGUGAAGGUGAUGGCGGUAAGAGGACGAGAUGGACGAAGUGCGACGCGCGUCGUCAAACGCGUCGACGGGCGCCUACACGGAACGCGUCAUCGAUGGCGCCUACCGUCGUUGUCGCCGUGCCCAAUCGUGAAGGCGUUGCGCUUGCAGGAGGCGUGCCAGGCUGA